AUGCCUCGUCGCAACCCAAAGAGGCAGUGCCGCUUGAAACUUGGAGAUCACUUGGAAGUAUCGCUGUUUGGCGCAGACGAGGGAAAAGACACCACAGCCGGACCCGUGGGAACGGUCGAUGACGACCCAGGAUCACAUAAUCCUGAGCCUCCCCCAAAGCACCUUCGAUAUGUUUACGAAACACUUGAAGGACUGGACAAAAUACGCACCCUAGAACUGCAUAGUACGAAGGAGAGAAUUGAAUGUACUCUCCAACAAAUCAGUAUCUCCAAAGGCGGAUAUCAAGCGCUCUCCUAUGUGUGGGGAAAUCCAGAACCAGAUUCCAACGCUAUUGUCCUCGACGAAAACGGACACAAACUUGGAUACAUCCCUCUUACGAAGAAUCUUCAAACUGCCCUGUGCGAUCUCCGGCAGACGGGGGAGAUAACGAGCAAGAUUUUCUGGAUUGACCAGAUCUGCAUCGACCAAGAAGGAGAGGAGAAGAACCACCAGGUAGCACUAAUGGGAGACAUAUAUCGAAAUGCAGCCCGAGUGAUAACUUAUUUGGGGCCUGCUGCCUCGGAUGAGGAGGAGGAAAAGCGCGGGAUUGACUUGUUGCAUCGCCUAUACGAACACUUCACCGACGACUACGAUCUGAUUUAUCAGGCCGGCAAUCUGUACCAAGCUUAUCUGAAAAAAGCAGAGUUUCCUGUGACGACCUUGCCAGAAGCAUUCCAAGAGGGCCAUUUCGACGAAGGGAAGUAUGUGGCACAGGGAUGGAAAUUGUUAUUCCAAGUGGCAUAUGGCGAAUGGUCACGACGAUUGUGGAUUAUUCAAGAACAGCUGCUUAACGAAGAAAUGGUGAUGCUUCGCGGUUCAUCAUUGUUGUCCUGGGACGCCGUUGCUAUGAUUCCCGUACUUUCCAAUCUACAACUGAUCCCCGCAAAAUUAGUCAUUCGUUUCACCAGUUUCUGGCGAGAAAAUACCGGGAACUCAAUUGAAAACUUACAUCGAAUUGAGGACUCCAUCUACUCCCUAUGGCACACGCGAAAACAACAGAAGGAGACGGAAUGCCUCUGCGUUGGAACGCAGUUGUUGUUUAAUAUGGCACGGUAUGAAUCUCAGCAUUGCUGUGACCAGCGCGAUCGGGUCUUCAGUUUAUUAGCUAUCUCCUGUGAUACUAUGAAGCUGGGUAUCACUCCAGACUACUCUGCUAGCAUAAGGCGCGUCUUUCACGACGCUACUAUUCGAAUACUGCUGACCUAUUCAACUUUGGAAUCACUAGCCUGGGCUUGCCGCUGGGAUCCCACUGCUGCCACAUCAAGUCCCUCCUCGUGGGAGCUCAGGCCACCUUCUCCACCGUUUCCAUCCUAUAUUAUGUUCAGUGUAUGCACUCCACAUCCCCGAACUUCUGGCCUUACACGGCCUCCUCGAUUUCUUCUCAACUCGACCGUCCUGGUUCUUAAAGGCCGCUUCGUCGAUCGCAUUUCAACAGCCACUCCCGUCAUAUUUCUUAGUGACUCAGUCCUUGACGGACGCGUAGAUUUAUCGUGGAUCCAAUGUGUAUCUCACAGGUGGACCUGCUUCCUUAGAGUGCUCCAGCAACUCGGAACCACAUUUCAGAAUGCAUCUCGUCUUGCCCGCGCUAUAGCUUGCGACCCAACUUGGUCUCCGCCUAUGCAAUGUGGACUUUCCGUCGAGGAGAGCACGUCUUUUGCUUUUUUCUCCUAUUUGCGAUCGCAUGUCAAGUACCUUAGAUCAGAAAGUCGAGGUAGCUUACAUGGCCGUUCAUUUUGCGCCACCGAGAACGGCCGUGUCUGUAAUGCUAUGAACCAAGCUGAAAAGGGAGACUUGGUGGCGGCUUUCGAAGGUGCAGACAGGCUCUUCAUCCUUCGGCCUGCUGGAGAGAGGUAUCGACUGGUUGGCGAUGCAUAUGUUGACGGCUUGAUGGAAGGAGAAGCGUAUGAGGGUCUUGAUUCGGAUAAGGUGGAUUAUGAUAUCGAGUUGGUCUGAUCUCGUUCUUGAACGUGUGGUCUGGGAUUUCGUUGUUCCUUGUAGGGUGUUAACUUAUGGACAAAAACUGAGACUUUUUCGAAAAUCAUCUAUUGUACGAGAUAUGAUGGGCAGUUAGUGGAUGGCGAUCCAACCCGCUCCGGAAUUUACCUUUUAUGUCGAACGAUGAAUGGGGGGCAAGAUAGAGCUAGCUUGUCGGUGUUGGGUGUUGCUCUAGGAACUCCCUUGCUCCUAGACGCUUUUUCCUUGACUCGUCCCCAUGAUGUCAGGAACGCCUUUCAAAUCGUAGGACCUUGCAGGAAGUAGGCUCUCUCUCCUUAUACACCAACUGCUUACUGAACACUAAAUUUCUACUUACAACAAUAGUAUUCACAUGGUUAGAUAAUCAAUAACAUUUUUUUAU